AUGGAACUAAUGGAUAGUGAGACGGGAGAGAUUUUAUUUCAAAGAAGUACUAAUUUAGAAUGUCAUAAUUUGGAUCUAGAAACUGGCGAAAUAUUGGAAGAGUGUGAUGAGUCAGAAGUUGAUGAGAGUCAGCAGAAACUGCAUUUUGUUGCAAGGAAAUCAAAAUUUAAUGUCCCAAAAGCGUUAAUAAAAGAACCAAAAUGUGAAAGCAACGCAAAAUUUGACUGCUAUUUAUCGUCGCAAGAAUCGUUUUCAUUGACAAACAAGAAGCGUGUUAUUGACCUUAAAGAAGAAAUCAUUUUUGGAUAUAACAAGUUCUCACACAGACUGUUUUUAAUUCCCUCAUUUUUCCUGUUUCCUAAACUUGGUGCUAUCUAUAUCAUCGUUGUAGAGUUAGUGCUACAUAUUUGGGCGCAUCACAAGAAUAAGAGAAAUCAGAAUCCAAAAAUAUAUUAUCGAUCACCUCUUGACAUCCUCACAUCUCAGUUCUGCAACUUUUGUCGAGAAACAAAGGAUUUGCAAGAUCUACAGAGGGUUCAUAGGCAAGAAUUUCCGAGGAAAUUUAUGACAGCAAGUUUUUAA